CUCCCCGGUCACUCCUCCAGCCAUGGACGCAUCUCGAGUGGUAAUGCUAUAUCUGGGCCUGCUCCUUGUUUUCAUUGGGAAUAUACCGUGCUUCCAGUCUGCUGCUAUCAUCUCUCCCUCCGCGCCGAGGCGGAACAGGGGAGCCAGGGUCCCUCACCAGGACGGGCAAAGGUCAUCAAAAUUCUUAAAAGACAUCUUCGCAUCUUCGCAUCCUACCGCGGGCCACCACAAAGAAGACCUGAAGGACGCUAUUGUGCCGCAUGAAUACAUGCUCUCCAUAUACAGGACAUACUCGGCUGCAGAAAAGCUCGGACUAAACGCAAGCUUUUUCCGCUCCUCUAAAUCUGCCAACACCAUAACAAGUUUUGUGGACAGAGGAACAGACGAUCUUUUGCACUCUCCUCUGCGAAGACAAAAGUAUCUGUUUGAUGUCUCAACCCUUUCAGACAGAGAGGAGCUGGUCGGGGCGGAAUUAAGGAUAUUCAGGAGAGCGCCCGGGGAUUUGCAGACUUCCCCGCAGACGACGGGCCUCUACGACCUCCAACUCUACCCCUGCCGCUCGGACCGACUGCUGGACUCCAGGUCUCUGGACCCGCUGGACUCCGCCAAGGCCGGCUGGGAGGUUUUGGACGUGUGGGAAAUGUUCAAAGCACACCAGCAUCAUUACCACCACCCCCAUCAUCACCGUCACUAUCAGCAGGGGAACCAGCUCUGCCUCCAGCUCAGGGUCACUCUUGGCAAGUCGGACACCGAGGUGGACCUGAGGCAGCUGGGUCUGGAGAGGAGCGCCCGGUCCCAGCAGGAGAAGGCCAUCCUGGUGGCCUACACCCGCUCCAAGAAGAGGGAGAACCUGUUCAACGAGAUGAAGGAGAAGAUCAAGUCGCGGAGGUCGGUCGGCGAGAAGGAGGAAGCGGCGGCGAAGGGUGCAGAGGAGGACAGGGUGCCGCUGAGGGGGGUUAGGGGAGAGGGGCCCCGGCGUCGGCGGAGGACCGCGCUGAGCAACCGGCACGGGAAGAGGCACGGGAAGAAGUCAAAAUCCAGGUGCAGCAAAAAGGCGCUGCACGUGAAUUUCAAAGAGCUGGGCUGGGACGACUGGAUCAUCGCUCCCCUGGAUUACGAGGCGUACCACUGCGAGGGGGUGUGUGACUUCCCCCUGCGGUCGCACCUGGAGCCGACCAACCACGCCAUCAUACAGACACUCAUGAACUCCAUGGACCCCAACAGCACCCCGCCCAGCUGCUGCGUCCCCACCAAACUCAGCCCCAUCAGCAUCCUGUACAUAGACUCGGGCAAUAACGUGGUGUACAAACAGUACGAGGACAUGGUGGUGGAGCAGUGUGGGUGCAGGUAGCGGCCACUCUUUGUCGAGGCAAAAACAAACGAA